GCUGGCUUCUUUUACGCCAUGUUACGUGACAUUUUUUAGCACUUUGCGGCGCUGUUUGCCACAUCGCAGGGAGUACGCUACUGAUUCUUCAAAAUAUAUGAUUUGAAUUUGAAAUAAAUAAAUACUAACAGCCUGACGAAGGAUACGGCGGGGGACGUACGGAAGAUGGAAGGGUUACAUGCUCACCAUGACCAAGGCACCAUGCCUUCCGCAGUCACUGACCCUCACGCAGACCACACAGUGGACCAUGGCUCAGGCUCUGGAGGCCAUGAAGGCAUGAUGCAUAUGACAUUUUACUUUGGUUACAAACAUGUACAGCUGCUGUUUGCUGGGCUAGUCAUCAACACACCUGGAGAGAUGGUAGGAGCCUGUGUUGGGGUGUUUUUGUUGGCUGCGUUCUAUGAGGGACUGAAGAUUGGUCGGGAGGUCCUGCUGAGGCGCAACCAAGUCAAUGUGCGCUAUAACUCCAUGCCAGUGCCAGGUGCUGAUGGCACUGUACUCAUGGAGACUCACAAAACAGUUGGCCAACGAAUGCUGAGCUUGGCACACAUGUUCCAGACAAUACUACAUGUCAUCCAGGUGGUGGUCAGCUACUUCCUAAUGCUGGUGUUCAUGACCUACAAUGGCUACCUCUGCAUCGCUGUGGCAGCGGGAGCUGGAGUGGGCUACUUUUUGUUCAGCUGGAAGAAAGCAGUAGUGGUAGACAUUACAGAACACUGUCAUUAACCUUC